AUGACAGAAAUUUACCAGGAAACACUUAAUUCUAUUAGAAACAUCAUUGAAGAUGGCCCUAUAUGGGUUUCGAUCGACGAAACAGUAGACGUUGAAGGUAGAAUGGUUGGAAAUGUUAUUGUUGGAAAAUUAAGUGAAACCUUUUCUAAACCAUUUUUAUUAAAUUGUACACAGUUAGAAAAAUGCAACCACAAAACCAUAGCCAAACUAUUUAACGAUUCGAUGAGUUUAUUAUGGCCAAAAGGUGUAAAACACGAAAAUGUAUUAUUGUUUUUAACUGAUGCAGCGCCGUAUAUGGUGAAAUCCGCAGUUGCCAUUAAUGUAUUUUACCCAAAGAUGAUUCACUUAACAUGCUUAGCUCAUGGACUUCAUAGAGUUGGAGAAACCAUUAGAGCUAAAUUUAGUAAAGUAGACAAGUUAAUUUCUGAGGUAAAAAAAUAUUUUUAA